GUGGCCACUGCAUCCCACAGAGAAGAUGUUGAGUUUGGCCCUGGUUCUGCUGGUGAUGUCGACCUUGGUGGGGGCCCAGGAGAACAUCUUCUGGGAGGUCCAGCGCUACGAUGGCUGGUACAACAACCUGCUGCACCACAGCCGUGGCUCAGCGGGUGCCAGCCUGCUGCGUCUCCUGCCAGCGAACUAUGCCGACGGCGUGUACCAGGCACUGCAGGAGCCACGCGUGCCCAAUGCUCGCCAGCUCAGCGUCGCGGUGGCCCAGGGGCCCUCUGGGCUGCCCUCCCGCAGGAACACAACCGUCCUUGGCGUCUUCUUCGGUUUCCACGUGCUCUCCGAGAUCCUGGAAGCAGAGAAACCUGGCUGCCCCGCUGAAUUCCUGAAUAUCCGCAUCCCCAUCGGAGACCCUGUGUUUGACCCUACGAGCACUGGAGAGGUGAUCCUGCCCUUCCAGCGCAUCCAGUGGGCACUGGAGACAGGGCAGAGCCCCAACAACCCCCGGGAGCAGACCAACGACGUGACAAGCUGGCUCGACGGGAGCUCCAUCUAUGGCCCGUCACACUCCUGGAGCGACGCCCUGAGGAGCUUCUCGGGGGGGAAGCUGGCUUCUGGGCCCGACGAGCGCUUCCCGAGGGAGACAGAUGGGAGAGUCCCCAUGUGGAAGGCUCUGGAUCCAUCCACGGGGAAGGGUGGUCCCCAGGGGAUCUAUGACCUGGGGAGCGCCUGGGGGAAUGAGAACCCUUUCCUGCAGGCCGAGAGCAUCGUCUGGUUUCGCUACCACAACCACUGGGCCACGGUGCUGGCCCAGAUGCACCCCACCUGGCCUGACGAGGACCUCUUCCAACAUGCUCGCAAGCGAGUCAUCGCCACCUUCCAGAGCAUCGUGCUGUACGAGUGGCUGCCAGCCCUACUGGGAAGAGCCAUCCCGGAGUACAAAGGUUACCAGCAGCACAUGGACCCCAGCCUCUCACCGGAGUUCAUGGCGGCCGCGUCGCUUUUCCUUGCCACCAUGGUGCCCCCGGGUGUCUACAGGAGAGACCCCAAGUGCCAGUUCCAGGCUGGCCCGUACCCAGCGCUGCGGCUCUGCAACAGCUACUGGAGCAGAGAGAGCACCAGGCUGCAGCGUGCAGAGGACAUGGACGACCUCCUGUUGGGGAUGAGCUCGCAGAUUGCGGAGCAGGAAGACAACAUUGUGGUGGAAGAUCUCCAAGAUUACUGGUACGGGCCUCUGAAGUACACCCGCACCGACUAUGUGGCCAGUUGGCUCCAGCGUGGACGAGACCUUGGCCUGCCCACCUAUAACCAAGCCCGGGAGCAAUUUGGUUUGAAGCCUCUCCAGACUUGGACAGACCUUGCCCCACACCUGGGACAACAGGUCCUGGAGCGGGUUGCUGCUCUGUACACCAACGACACUGCCAGGCUGGAGCUGCUCCCCGGAGGCAUGCUGGAGGCUGACGGCUCCCUCUUCAGUGCCAUCAUCCUGGACCAGUUUGUGCGCCUGCGUGAUGGCGACAGGUUUUGGUUUGAAAACACCAAGAAUGGUUUAUUCACAGAGGGAGAAACCAGGGAGAUUCGCAACACCACGUUCCACGAUGUCCUCAUUGCAGUCACCUACGCAAAUUCGACAGAAAUCCAGCGCAAGGUGUUUGUCUGGCAUGAUGGGGACCCAUGCCCUCAGCCACAGCAGCUGACAGCUCAACACCUGGCCAACUGCACACCCCUGACCGUACUGGACUACUUUGAAGGCAGCGGCGCAGGCUUUGGGAUCAUCAUCGUUGUCCUCUGCUGUCUGCCUUUAGUAAGUCUGUUUGUUGCCUGGAUCGUUGCUGUUCUCCGCAAGAGAGACUUCAAGAAGCUGCAGAAGAAGCACAACCCCAGCGUGCGGAGAGAGGUGACCAGUGAGGCGGCACAUGCCAUGGAGUGGCACGGUCCUAGGAUUGACAGUUCUCCUGUCUACAUUCAGCUCCAACCUGACAAAGUGCUCAAAGUGCUGGAUAAUAGGUGGUCUGUGCUCCGGAGCAUUAGUCUGAAGGCCCAACAAAGGGUAGAGGUGAUUCUCUCCAGCAACAAAGGCAGCAGAGCUCUGCUCCUGAAGAGCCCCAAGGAGUAUGACCUGGUGCUGCUUUUCAGUGAAGAGGCAGAGAGGAGCAACUUCAUUGGGAAGUUACGAGACUACUUGAAAAAGAGCAGUCUUGAUCUUCAUGUGUCUGAGAUGAAGGAACAGAGUCUGCUGAAACAGGCAGUCACCCAGGAGCAGAGGAAAAAGAUUCUGGAGACUUUCUUUAGGCACCUAUUUGCUCAGGUGCUGGACAUUGACCGGUCUGAUGCUGGAGAGCUCAGCUUUGAAUCUUCACAGAAGGCAAAGGAGUCUCUGACAUGUGAGCUGAGUAGGGCUGAGUUUGCCGAGUCCCUCGGGCUCAAAGCCCACUCUAUGUUUGUGGAGUCCAUGUUUUCACUGGCAGACAAAGACGGCAAUGGGUACAUCUCCUUCCGGGAGUUCCUGGACAUCUUGGUGAUCUUCAUGAAAGGAUCCCCAGAAGAGAAGUCCAAGGUGAUGUUCAGGAUGUAUGACAUUGAUGAGAAUGGGUUCCUCUCCAAGAAGGAGUUUCUGAGGAUGCUCAGGUCCUUCAUUGAAAUCUCCAACAACUGCCUGUCGAGAGAUCAGGCAGAGCAGGUGACCGAGUCCAUGUUUCGGGCCUCAGGGUUUCAGGACAGGGAUGAGCUGACGUGGGAGGAUUUCCACUACAUGCUGCGGGACCAUGACAGCGAGCUCCGUCUCACACAGCUCUGCAUCAAAGGUGUCCCUGAUGUAUUCAAGAAAAACAUACAGAACCGUGUCUCCUUCAUAAAAAAGAAUGAGCCCAAAGGAACCAUCUCAGACAGGGAGGAGGGCCCAAAUCUGGAAACCGUGGCCCAGUAUAUGGAGCAAGAAGGGCAAGAACUGAGGAAGAGACUGGGCAGAAAAGUGAACCGGUACCAGCUACAUGUAUACACUGAAGCACAAAGGAAAAAAUACCAGCGGAACAAAGUUCAACAAAAGAUCCAGGAGUUCAAACGUUUCAUUGAGAAUUACCGGCGCCACAUUGUCUGUGUGGUCCUAUUCUCUGCCAUCACCACUGGCCUGUUUGUGGAGAGAGCAUAUUACUAUGCCUUUGCAUCCCCCCUCACUGGAAUUGCACAGACCACCUUUGUCGGGCUCAUCAUCUCUCGGGGGUCAGCUGCCUGCAUCUCCUUCAUGUACUCUUACAUCCUGCUCACCAUGUGCCGGAACCUCAUCACCAUCCUGCGGGAGACUUUCCUCAAUCGCUACAUCCCCUUUGACGCCGCUGUGGACUUCCAUCGCUGGAUUGCCAUGGCAGCCCUGAUUCUCUCAGUGCUACACACUGCAGGCCACAUAGUGAAUGUCUACAUCUUCUCAGUCAUCCCUCUCAGUGUGUUGUCCUGUCUCUUCUCCAGUGUCUUUAUGGAUGAUGGGUCGCAGCUCCCUCAGAAGUAUUACUGGUGGUUCUUCCAAACUAUUCCAGGCACGACAGGCGUGCUGCUGCUCGUGAUUCUUGCUGUGAUGUAUGUGUUUGCCACCCACCACUUCCGGCGCAUCAGCUUUCAGGGCUUCUGGAUCACUCACCAUCUCUAUGUGCUGCUCUAUGUCCUGAUCAUCGUCCACGGCAGCUACGCUCUGAUCCAGCAGCCCCGCUUCCACAUCUAUUUCAUUAUCCCAGCUCUCAUCUACGGUGCAGACAAGCUGCUCAGCCUGAGCAGGAAGAAGGUGGAGAUCGGCGUGGUGAAAGCCGAGCUCCUGCCCUCAGGUGUUACCCAUCUCCGGUUCCAGCGGCCGCAGGACUUUGACUACAAGUCGGGGCAGUGGGUGCGCAUUGCCUGUGUGGCCCUGGGCACCACCGAGUACCACCCGUUCACCCUGACCUCGGCGCCACACGAAGACACGCUGAGCCUGCACAUCCGGGCUGUAGGACCCUGGACUACCCGCCUGCGGGAGCUCUACUCCCCAGAGAACCUGGCUGUCAUUGGCAAGCUGCCCAAGCUCUACCUGGAUGGACCUUUUGGGGAGGGCCACCAGGAGUGGAACAAGUUCGAGGUGUCAGUGUUGGUGGGAGGAGGCAUCGGGGUGACGCCCUUUGCAUCCAUCCUUAAGGACCUGGUCUUCAAGUCAUCCUUCAGCUCUAAGCUGUUGUGUAAAAAGAUUUAUUUCAUCUGGGUGACGCGCACGCAGCGGCAGUUCGAGUGGCUGGCUGACAUCAUCCAUGAGGUGGAGGAGGCUGACCGGAACAACCUGGUCUCUGUGCACAUCUACAUCACACAGCUGGCCGAGAAGUUUGACCUGCGCACCACCAUGCUGUACAUCUGUGAGCGGCACUUCCAGAAGGUGCUGAACCGGAGCCUGUUCACAGGACUGCGCUCCAUCACCCAUUUUGGGCGGCCCCCGUUCGUGCCCUUCUUCACCUCACUGCAGGAGGUGCACCCUGAGGUGCAGAAGAUUGGGGUGUUCAGUUGUGGCCCACCUGGGAUGACAAAGAGCGUGGAAAAGGCCUGUCAGCAAGUUAACAAGAAGGACCAGGCCUACUUUGUGCAUCACUAUGAGAAUUUCUGACCCUAUCCCCUGCCGUCCCAUCCCCCCCCUCCCCCCCAGACUGCUUGCGGAGAGCUGGGGUUGGGCAUGGCCUUGCCUUCACCCGCCCUCUGGCCAGGAGCCACGUGCCAGGACCCUUUAGCAGGCAUGGUUCGGUCUGCAGAUCACAUCCUUUUCAGAGCGAGGUACCACAGUGGGCACGUCCUCUCAGGCCAUCUCCCAGCACGCUCCUGCUCCAGCCUCUCACAGCAAUACCAAGGCAUCUUCAUUGGAAAUGCAUGUGUUCAACCCCCAGCACCCAUGUGGCACCACUUUGCCACUGUCUCCAGGAGAAAAUCCCAUCCGCAACCAUGUGCAGCCUGGCCCGUGGGAGCCGGGGAAGGCACAGGGCUGAGAACAGGCACUCGGUGCACUAGUACAGCAUUGCCUGCACAGCUCGCAUGUCUCCCUGGCCCGGGGCUCCCUGCUGCCAUCCACACUCUGAGUUUUGUGCACGCCCGCAUCCUGCACCCCGGGGCCAGGCUGGCAGCUUGCACGUCCCAAUCCAGAAAACCCAGCGUUCAACUCAAGGGAGGCUCUGCCGCCUCAAUCCCACAAGACAGUAAAGCACAUGCUCCGCAGGGUCACUUGGGGAGUGGCUCUGAAGCGCUUUCGGAAGCAGCUUGGCUCCUGUGCAACCUGAAUUCAGGGCACUUUGCCCUGAGCCUUCCGCACAGUGUGUGGAGCCAGCGAGCUCCCCACCAUCCCUCUCCAGGAAAGGGGCUCAGCUUCCCUCAUGCACUCACGUGUCUCUGUUCAUUAGCGCUCUGAGCCGCCCCUCAGUUUGCUCAGGGCCUUACCUGUGUUUGCACUGGCCUCUUCCAGCAGUGCCACCAUUCUUUAACCAGGGAUCAUUCAUGCUUGUUUAACUCAUGUCUGGCUAUGCAUCACUGGGCUGCCAAUCUCUAGGGCUAUGACUGAGCAAUAUCCUUUCUCUUUGCUUAAAUAAAGCUGACUGAAGUUUUAAAUCA